UCGCGCACCGAGCGCUAUACUACAAGAACGUCGGGUGGCGCCGCGCCGGCCCGUAACGUGCGAGUGUUGUGUCACAGCGGUGGGCCAGGUCGGUUUCGAUAAUUUUUCGUUCCGACGACACAAUGGCCCUUAAUUCGGACGAACAGAAAUCGAACCUGGUCCUCCGCGUGGAUCAGGAUUCUGACUCGGUUUUACAAUCGUUGUUCGACACUGUGCUCAAGCCGGACUCGAAACGACCGCUACAGGUGCCUCUGCGUAUGCGACAGCUUCCAAAGUCGUUCUUUAACCCGCCGUCGACCGGUUCUAAGUCGCCAUCUGUGUCUCACUCGCGAGAAAACUCGGCUGACUCCGCGUUCGGGUCGUCGUCUGCGACGGGAUCUGCACCGGUCUCUCACUCUCGUGCGCACUCCUCACCUGCCAGCUUGCAGCAGACCUAUGCAGCCGGACAGCAAAACCAGCAGCCGCCUCUACACCAUCAACACACCAAGCAAAGAUCAUAUGAUGUUGGAUCUCACUUACCAGAUGAACUAGGCCCGCUUCCAGCAGGAUGGGAACAAGCGAGAACGCCGGAGGGGCAAAUAUAUUAUCUUAACCAUAUAACAAAGACGACCACAUGGGAGGACCCUCGCAAGACAUUGGCAGCGCAAACGGUGGCCAGUGGUGUGCAGCAUCAAAGCGCGGAAGCCUUACUUACACAGACUCCUUCACCACAGAACCUUCCAACAGCCACUCCAGCAGCGAAGAGUACAAGUACCUCGGCGACGACGGACCCCCUAGGGCCGUUGCCGGACGGCUGGGAGCAAGCCACCACUCCUGAGGGAGAAAUUUAUUUUAUAAACCACGCCGCUCGCACAACGUCUUGGUUCGACCCUAGAAUACCGCAACAUUUGCAACGUACGCCGGCUGCGAAUGCCGGAGCGGCGGGCGGUGGGUGGGCAAACGCAUCGGUCCAAGCAUGCCAACAGAAACUGCGUCUACAGUCAUUACAGCUCGAGCGUGAACGACUGAAACAACGCCAGCAGGAGAUACGGCUCCAGCAAGAAUUAAUGGCGCGGCAAUCUUCAUCCAUCGUGUCUUCCUUGACAAAUAGUACCGCGGCGAGCACAGACCUAUCUCUGGACCCCUUCCUGCCAGGUCUCAAUGACCAUCAACGCCAGGAGUCAGCUGAUAGCGGCCUGGGCAUGGCCGUCUCACAAUCCUACUCCAUGCCCCAUACUCCGGAAGGUUUUUUGGGCAUGGAUGACCGCAUGGACUGUACCAGCGAGGCCGGCGCGAACCUCGAUACAGAUAUGGCAUUGGGAGACACGGAUGAUUUGUUGGGUGACUUCACAAAUGACAUACUUCUGGACGAUGUGCAGUCGCUGAUCAACUCCACGCCAAACAAACCAGACAACGUUCUGACAUGGCUUUAGAUUGAUAUUCUUUGGACGCUGAACGUACAAUUAAUACAAUGUGUUUUCUAUAAUCAAAUUUUACACAAAAUGAAACAUCGACAAUAAGAACGGCUCAAAGUGACAAAUCGGUAAUACACCAAUUGUAAUUAGUAAAAUAACUCUAAAUUG